AUGUUAAAGUUGACAUGGAGGAUUUCAAUCUAUAUUAAUACAAAAGCAGAGUUUAAUGGAUGUCAAAGUUUGGGUGGUCAAAGAAAUGAAGAUAGUGAUGAAGAAGAGGAUGUGGAGGUAAUUGAUAACGACGAGUGGGAUUCACUAAGUGAUGACUCAGGGGACAACAGGAAAAGAAGAGAAAUGAUCAAAGAGUUGGGGAAACAAACAUUAUGUUCUGCUGGUGAGGUGCACAAGGUAGCUUUUCAUAUUGUUGUAAAUGCAAGUGGGGUAGGUGGACCUACCUUUGGGAAAAAGGUAAAGGGUAAAGAUGUAAACUCAGAUAAAGUUAAAUACACAUGGAAACUUCAUGCAUCUAGGUCAAGUGAAUAUGACUAUUGGUUUAUUAAGACCUAUAAUCAGAAACACAUCUGCCUCCAAACACGAAAAAUCAGAUCUUGCACAACAACAUUUCUUUCCAAACAUAUUAUGGGUCAGAUUGAAGCUAAUCCUAGCCAGCCUGUGCAUGCCCUACAAGAGCAACUCCAAUCAACAUAUAGAGUUAGUAUUUCAGAAGAGACAUCAUUAAGGGAAAAAACAUUAGCCACCAAAAAUGUUGCAGGAGAUUACGUAAAGCAAUAUGCAGCUUUGAGAGAGUAUGUACUAGAGCUACAAAAGACAAAUGAAGGUACAACUGUAAAGAUUGAUGUGGUUUCUGAACCUGUGGUUUCAUCCCCAACCAGGCAAUUCAAAAGGAUAUACGUGUGUUUAGGUCCUUUAAAGAAAGGAUUUAAGGCAGGUUUGAGAGAAUUUUUAGGGUUAGAUGGAGCCUUCAUGAAGGGACCUUUCCCAGGUCAAAUACUAAGUGCAGUUGGUGUUGAUUCCAACAAUGGAACCUACCCAUUGGCAUAUGCUGUUGUUGAAAGUGAAAACACUUCAAGUUGGAAAUGGUUUCUUCAGUGUCUUGCAGAAGAUCUUGACUUGUAUUCAAAUUCCAACUUCACAUUUAUUAGUGAUAGACAAAAGGGUCUUCUACCAGCCAUAGAACAAUUGUUUCCUAAUGCAGCGCACAAGUUUUCCACCACCAUACCAGAGUUUGAAGCUGUAAUGGUAGAGCUAAGGAAUUAUGACAUAGAAGCAUAUCAGUGGCUCUUGAAAAUCCCUCCACAUCAUUGGGCUAGAAGUCAUUUUUCAGGAAGGGCAAUUUCAGACAUGUUAUUAAAUAACCUUUGUGAAGUGUUCAAUAGCAAACUUGUUAAAGGGAGAGACAAACCCAUUAUCAACUAUUUGGAGUUUAUCAGAGAGUACCUUAUGAAGAGAGUAUGCAAUGUGAUGAAGGUGUUAAACAAGUGUCAAGGUCUACUAACUCCAACUGGUACUAGGAUUUUGGAAGCAAACACAACACUUGCUAGUAAGUAUCAUGCACGAUGGAAUGGGGGACAAAAGUAUCAGGUUAAAGGUCCAUGGAAUAUUCAACAUGUGGUGGACAUGGAGAAAAGGGAGUGUAGUUGUAGAAAGUGGGAGCUUACUGGAAUUCCUUGCAAGCAUGCAAUUGCAAGCCUAAAUGAAAUGGCAGAUAAUAAUGAAAAGGUGGGGGAACUAUAA